UGUCAUCCAGUUUUCUUGCGCACCGGCUUUGGAUACCUCUGACUUCUCCAUGUGCCAGAUUCUUGCCUGAAACCUUAACAUGGAUCUACUUCCCUACUAUGCUUUUGGUGGUUUUAACGACUCAGUCUCCAUAACUCCUUUCAAUUUGACGGUAACAGAGGAUCCUCUGCGCGUUCACUCGUACAGCAACGAGACCAACAGCAGGGCUGCAGUCAUUGCCGUCUGUAUCACGGCUCUCUACUCUGUCAUCUGCGUGGUAGGACUGCUGGGAAACGUGCUAGUGAUGUACGGGGUGGUCAGGUAUAUCAAGAUGAAGACCGCCACCAACAUCUACAUCUUCAACUUGGCUCUCGCCGACGCCCUCGCCACCAGUACCCUCCCCUUCCAGAGCGCCAAGUACCUGAUGGGCACGUGGCCCUUUGGGGAGGUGUUGUGUAAAGUGGUGAUCGCCAUCGACUACUACAACAUGUUCACCAGCAUCUUCACGCUCACCAUGAUGAGCGUGGACCGCUACAUCGCCGUCUGUCAUCCCGUGAGGGCCCUGGACUUCCGCACGCCUGCCAAAGCCAAGCUCAUCAACGUCUGCAUCUGGAUCCUCUCCUCUGCCGUUGGAGUGCCUGUGAUGGUCAUGGCUGUUAUCAGGAUGAAACCUGAAGGAAACACUGCCUGCGAACUCAGAUUCCCCAAUCCUGACUGGUACUGGGAGACGGUGCUGAAGAUCUGCGUGUUUAUCUUCGCCUUCGUGGUCCCCGUCCUGGUCAUCACCAUCUGCUACGGUCUGAUGAUCCUGCGGCUCAAGAGCGUCCGUCUGCUCUCCGGCUCCAAGGAGAAGGACAGGACCAUGCGGCGGAUCACCCGCAUGGUCCUGGUGGUCGUGGCAGCCUUCAUCAUCUGCUGGACUCCCAUCCAGCUCUUCAUCAUUGUCAAGACCAUGGUGAAAACUGACAACACAAACCUAUGGGUGAUUGCCUGCUGGCACCUGUGCAUCGCGCUGGGCUACACCAACAGCAGUCUCAACCCUGUGCUUUACGCCUUCCUGGACGAGAAUUUUAAAAGGUGCUUCAGGGAUUUCUGCCUGCCCUAUCGCUCCCGACUGGAGCAGAGCAGUUUCUCCAGGGCACGCAACAGCACCAAGGAGCCCGUGUCUGUUUGUGCUCCUGCGACGACACAGAGACCGCCGGCCUGACUAGGCAUGGAUCAGUGCGGGGAGAGAUCAGUUCAGGCCGACCUCCAGACUGAGGUCACCACCACAGGAGUCUGAGACCACAUACGUGGCCGUUUGAGCGCCAUAAUGUAAAUGAUGGAUUGUGUUUUUGGUCUCAGAUGAUGACACUCCUGAGACACGACUCUUAAAGGAUUGUGGUUUACAAUUAUCAAAAAUAUACCUGGGUGCCUGCGCAUAAGGAAAUGGUUACAAAAUGUAUAACCAUAUACGUUGACCAUAUAUUAUGCUUUUUCUUUUUUUUGGUUCUACACUAAGCUUUUAGACUGCAAGUCUUCACAUCCAUAUUAGGUGAACAAUGUAGGACACAUUUCCAAAAUGAUCCGAUUAUCAGGAAGGCAUAGAACCUAAACACGCAGACAAGGCCACAGGAGUAUUUUUAUGGCCAAACAGAGGCUGGUGUAUGAUUGGCUGAGUUGGUCACGUGACCUCAAUCCAACAGAUCAUUUAUUCCCCUGAUGAAGGCCAGACUGACUCUGAAUUUCCCCGUAACAUUAGCAGUGCAACGCUGGAAGACAGUCAACAGGGAAUAUAUUGCUGUCCGCUGUCGCCUUUAGCUAAAUAUUACCAGUGAUGACGAUUUAUGUUAACUUGUCAAAUGAAUUUCCAUCCCUGAAUUUUGGAGUACCAUCUAUAAGGGACUACACGUCAUUUAGUGACACCUUCAAAUUAAACUAAAUGUAACCUUUUUGUGGCCAUAGCUGGGUAGAGGAAAUAGCUGUAAACUUUGACAAAUGUCUAUUUACACAUCCAGCAGUUACAGAGCCACAUUAUGAUUCAGUUUAAGUUCCGCUUCACGCAACUUUACAAAUGUAAGUGGAAGUUUCACUCUCUUUUUAGCUGUUGUAGCCGCCAACUCCAGAGGAAAACAUCAGGCUCUGCCAACUGCCUCCCUGAGUUCACCAGCUCACUGCGUCAGCUGUAAAGUGUUGUGUACAGUACAGGUUUUAUGCUGAAAAAACACUAUGGCAGCAGUGAGACUGAAAGGAAACUAAAAAACAAAACAAGAAGCUGAAAGACUCUACAGCGCAAUGGAAGCCUAGAGUCGAAGAAGUAUUUCCUAAUAGUGCUUUUACAUCACUUUAAAAGUUAAAUUAAAACUAAGUGAGGCCAACGGACUACAGAACCAAUGCAAGGAUAAAAGUGUCACGAUGCUAAACUGUCUCACUGUACUGUAUAUUUACACUGGUAAUACUAUUGAUACUCAACCUCGUUGGGAAGGUAAUAAGAAUUCAAAAAUAUGAACGCUUAGCUUAGAGACAACAUUUUCUUUGUCUUCUUAAUAUUUAAAUGAAGCGAUGCAUCCAACUUCAUGCUUCUUGCUGUGAUAUUCAGAGUAGAGAUAAUUACAGAGGAAGGCCACAUUAUUAAUUAAAGACUACAGAGCAACAAUGUUAUACCAUGAAAACACAGCCUUGAUGAUUGAGCAGAGAUGACUGACGCUUCAAGCCUACGUUCAGCGGACUCAUUGUUUCCACUCCUCUGGCAGUCAAGCUGCUUUGGUUUAUUUUGUACAACAAAAAACAAUCAUCUGACAGUCAGCUGAGGAGCUGAAGAGGAACGCGUGUCACGCUCACAGGUACAGAUUAGAACCCAAUAGCACGACACAGAUACAACCAGUGUUCAGAAUGUUCCGUUUAUUCGGGUCAGGGACAGGCGGGGUCAAAACCAGGAAAUCCAGCAGUCAGGCAAACAAAUCCAAUCGGGGGCAGGCAGGAAACUCAAGGUCCGAUAACAGGCAGGCAGGGUCAAAACCGGGCAGGACAGAUAACUAGGCAAAAUAUAUUGAAACGCUGGAGAGCUUGGCAAAAUACACAAGACAAUCUGGCAGAGGACAAGUGAGAGUGAGGUGGUAUAUAUACUGUGGAGUUAAUGAGGGAAUGAGUAGCAGGUUAGGAGAAGGGCUGGGGACACCAGGUGAGGGGAGUGAGCUGAUUGCAAGAGCCUGGAGGAAGGCAGGAUCUGAAAUGACAGGAGAGUUAAGAUGUGCCAAACCUAAAAACAACUAUAAAUGUGUUGAACUUGUGACAACGUGGACCAAAACGGACCAAACACAUUAGCAAGGAACAAGAAGCUUGCUACACAUAUGACAGUUAAUGGCAUACGGAGGAUCUUUGGACACUUGCAGGAGGAUAUUGUGGUGUUGAGAAUACUUUUUUUGCACAUUUUGAAAGAACAGUCGCACCAAUGCCUCUCAUCCUGCCAUGCAGUUUGUAAAAAAGGCAACUGCAUAUCAAGUGUAAAGAUAAGAUCAUAAUGUGAGUUUUUGUAUCAUUGUGCUGUCAAGCUAUUCACUUGUAACUAAUAUGUAAAAUGUUGAUGUAUUUACACUAAGUGCUAUACAUUUAAGCAGCAUUGGAAAUGUUCAAACAAUAUAUUUUGUUGAAUAUAUCUCUGUCGCUGAAGGAAGAGCAUUGUCAAUGUUUUCUGCAGCGUGAUCAACGAUAUGUUUGGCUGAUUUAAAAUAUGUACCGUAAUUCCUUAUUACGCAUUAUGUUCUUUUUGUAAAAAGUGAACUGUUUUGAUGAGAAAUAUUAGAAUGUUUGAGGAUAAUGAGAAUAUUUGAUAUUUAAAUGUUUUCACACUGUGUUUCAGCAGAUACAGUUUAUAAAGUACCGUAUUGUAUAAGUGUAAUGGAAUAGCUUGAGUUGUAUCCUGAGACUGCUUCUCUGUUGAUUUGUUGUUGUAAAUACCUUUCAGUUUUAAUCCAAUUUUUGUUUUCUGUGGUUGUUAUUACAGGUGUUAUUUACAUUUAUACUCUGUGUAAAUGCCAGUGAGGCCUCGUGGGAGUUACACAUGUGAGUUGUUGGUACAAUCUGGAAGGGAUUAGAGAUCAGGAUGAUACAGAUGUGGCACAGGAACAAAUGUGACACAUUAUAACUGUGUAAAGGAAAGCAAACUAUGAAAUAAAACAGGGAUUUCUGGAGUUUCUGAAUUGUAGAAUUAAUUAUGUUUACAAUGUAACAAUUAAAAGAUGUUGAUAUAUUU